AGUUUCUCGUUUUUUCACAAUCUUCCCUUCCCUUCUCGCCACCACGGCCACCACCGAACCAACCUCCCCCUCCAAGGCUGCACCCACUCGUCGCACCCCGCAGACUGGUUUCUGUCACCAGAUGGUUCGUCUGACUUGAGUUUCAUCUCCCUCUCUCCUCAUCUCAAUCGCCCACUCUCCAUCUCCCAGGAGCAAAAGGUGAAAAGAAGGCUGAAGGGGCAAUAAAAUGGUGGUUACCAAUUCUAAUUCCCAGAACAGGGAGAUUGUGGUCAGGAAGAGGAUUGCAAGCAUAUUCAAUAAACGAGAAGAGGAUUUUCCUUCCUUGAGAGAAUACAAUGAUUACUUGGAGGAAGUGGAGGACAUGACAUUUGACUUGAUCGAAGGAAUAGAUGUUCCUGCUAUUGAAUCGAAAAUUGCCAAGUACCAGGAAGAAAAUGCCGAACAAAUAAUGAUUAACAGAGCUCGUAAGGCUGAAGAGCUUGCUGCAGCUCUCGCAGCAAGCAAGGGACAUCCUGUACAAAAUGAAACUGAUGCGGGUCUGAGCCAAGGCUCACAAGCAGGAUUUGGUGCUGGUACACAGGGCCAGUAUGCUCCUACAGUUUCAGGGCAACCACGUCCAACCGGCGGCAUGGGUCCACAACCACUACCACUUGGAGGAGGGGGGCAUGAUCUGCACGGAUACGCUGUUGACGAUGAAGAAAUGGUGAAGCUGCGAGCAGAGAGGGGUGGUCGGGCAGGAGGGUGGAGUGGAGAGAUAAGCAGGAAGAGGGCACUUGAAGAAGCCUUUGGUAGCAUUUGGAUUUGUUAGGAUCAUAAUUUUUCUUCCAAGUCUGUAAUUGUAAGAGCAGAAACAUGCCCAGAAUUAUGUACGAGUGCAAGUUAUUUAUUAGAAAUAUGCCUUCUUUUUCUGCAA